AUGCUCAUCCAAGGCCCAGGCCCUUCUCAGGCCCGCCCGGCCCGGGAGACGGUCAGCCACAUGGCCCCCGGACAGCACGGUCCCUCCAGGGAGCACUACGGUGACCCACCAGACGGGAUUGCCAUCACGGCCACGCGGGGCAGCGGGGAGACCGAGACAAAGCGCGCCCCCAAGGCCCUGGGAGCGGGGAGGGCGUGCCAGCCCGGCUCCCUCGCUGCCCGGGCACCGGCCCUCCGGUGGGUGUGGGCGGAGCACCUGCUGGACCGGCUCCACCUCACCAAGGCCCUGCGGGUCCCGCCCUCCCUGCACGGCCCCUCGGGGCUGACCAGGAUUCAGGUCCCUGGAGGGCCGGCCCGGGGGCCCCUCACCCCCUGCGGCACAGCCCCGCGCCCACCAGCCUCCCAGCGCUGGCCCCCCAGCCAGGCCGGCCGGGUGGGCGUGUCGCAGGGCGAGGGCCAGCUCCCCAGGAGCGGAGGGCUACAAACCCGGGCACUUACACGGGGUGAGCUGCUGGGGGCGGGGGCGGGGGCGGGGGCUCGUUCUGGGCAGAGGAGACGAGGCCAGCAGCGGGUGGAUCUGCCCGACGGUCGGAGCUGUUCUUGGAACUUCUGCAGAGGGGCCUCGACCCCCGCCGUCUCCGGGCCGAGCACACCUGCCCAACCACGGGUUCCGCCGGUGCGGAUCCGCUGGGAGUCGCGGGGCAGGGAGACGAGGGCGGGGGGCCCUUCGUCCCGUCAUCGGCUGGCGCGGCAGCCCUCGGGCUCAGCUGGCCGUCUCUCUGCCACGCUGGACGCCGCAGCGGUCGUGUCCCCUACCCGAGGACGUGACAUGGGCGUGGUCCAGCGAGAUGCGGAUGCGGGUCAGGAAGCAGAUUCAGCACUUCCGUGUGCCCCGGCCUGGCGGGGGCUCCUCCCCGUGUUUUCUCCCGCGCCCCGCGCCCCCCCCCCCCCCGGCACGGGCCAGCUCCCCGUGUACAUGCAGGACAGUUUCGAGGCCUCGCUGACCCAGAAGGGGUCCCCCCUCCCACCAUCCCCAUCACUGCUGGGUCGGAGCUUCCGCCAGGACCCGCACCGGAAAGGUCACCGUGUCUCCAGCUGCCAGCUUUGCGUGACCAGCCGUUUGGUCCCGCACUUCGUCGUCCACGUGUGGACAGCCAGGUGUGGACAGCCAUCCAAGUGUGGACAGCCGUCGUCCACACUUCGCAGGCCAGGCUCCACCAAUGUCGUGCUCGGGGCAUCACGCGUGUUCACCCCGAUGAGAGCCCGUCACCACCACCUCCAGACGGCUCUGUGCUCCCGCCGGAAGUCUGUGCGCAGUCCUGACCCCGCGGCUGCCUCUCACACGCUGAGGGUCUCAGAGGCUCUGGCCAGCCAGUGGGUACGAGACAGACCCUGCGACCUGGCUAGCAGGGUCCUGGUCCGAGGGGCUGACCCCUCCUCUGAGACGUGGCCGCUGAGUCACAGAAGGUCGACGCACUCGCCAAAGGGAGCAGAACCCGACGUCGGGAGUGGAAGAGAUGUCAGGCCUCACGGAGACUGCAGGGGCGCCCAGAGAAAGGGCAUGGCACCCCCGGGGCCCCGGCUCCUCCCCGGAAGUGACCCCUCAGCCCUGGAAAGCCUCAGAUGCUGCUGCAGCCCACUCAGCUUGCAGAGCGGCUACAGGCGGUCGGUGCCACCAGGAGGGGGUGGGAAGAGCUCGCGCGCAGCAGGGUCAGAUGGCGCGUCAGCGAUACUUGACGAGCCCUGCCCCCGGGGGGACUGGGCCACGCGGGGGAGCCAGAGCAUGCACCGGGAACAAAACCCAAGGGGGUGCGGGGUGAGGCCCGUCAGGCGGCCGGGGCAGCAGAGAGGAGCCAAGCGCACGGCGCCCACUGCGAAGGCGUCAGAAGAGCAGAGGCGCUGCGGGAGCCCAGGAGGCCCCCCCAAGGCCGCGGCCCCGCUCCCUCCCUGCUCCGGCCCCGGGGCUCCGCUGCUGUUCACAGCCACGCGGGCGCUGGCCCGAGACGCUGCCGCCGGACCAUGGCGGGGCUCACAGCAGGCGAUCAGUGAACCCCGCCCCGUGCGCUGGACAGACAUCAUCUGCGUUCCACACUCGGGGCUCGGCAGCGCCGUGGUCCCCCCGGUUCGGGCACUGAGCCAGGGCCGAGGACACGGAGACCGAGAUGGCCCAGAGGCCAACCAUGACCUUGAUCGCGAAGUCCUCCAGGUGGGUGACGUGGGCAUGGAAACAGACACGGCCCAUGGAGGCUCAGAGCGUGUGGUGGAUGUGGAAGCCUCGGGAGUGGCCCGGCCCAGUCCCAGGGGGCAGGCUGCUGAGCAUGGCGGGCACCCUCAGACCCCACGCUCCUCAUCCAUCCCGCUCUCCGCGCCCGCUCACCCACCGGAGGCCAUCCCUCCAAAGAGCUGGAGAGCUGGAAGGGGCGGCAGGGGCGGACAAACAACGGCAGAGACAACUGCCCGCCGCAGAGACCCAGGCCGGGGCUCAGCAGACAGCGGCUCGGGCCGAGCGCUCAGAGCCCGCGUGCGGGUGGACGGGGAGGCCCUCCAGGCCGGCCCUGCUCUGCAGCGGCCCCGCUCUGCAUUCGGCCCCUCCAGGCCUGCCCUGCUCUGCAUCGGCCCCUCCAGGCCGGCCCUGCUCUGCAUUCAGCCCGCGUCCCUGAGCUCCGGUCAGCGUGCAAGAGGCCAGCACGACGCAGGCUUUGGAAAGGAUCCUUGA